AUGCAAAUCUUUGUAAAAACUCUUACUGGCAAAACUAUUACACUCGAAGUCGAACCAAGUGAUACCAUCGAAAAUGUGAAAGCAAAAAUCCAAGAUAAAGAAGGUAUUCCACCUGAUCAACAACGACUCAUUUUUGCCGGCAAACAACUGGAAGAUGGCCGCACUUUAAGUGAUUACAACAUCCAAAAAGAAAGCACUCUUCAUUUAGUUCUUCGAUUACGUGGUGGUAUGCAAAUAUUCGUGAAAACUCUCACCGGUAAAACAAUUACACUCGAAGUCGAACCAAGUGACACAAUCGAUAAUGUGAAAGCAAAAAUCCAAGAUAAAGAAGGUAUUCCACCUGAUCAACAACGACUCAUUUUUGCCGGUAAACAACUUGAAGAUGGUCGAACAUUAAGUGAUUACAAUAUUCAAAAAGAAAGUACACUCCAUCUAGUACUUCGAUUACGUGGUGGUAUGCAAAUAUUCGUAAAAACUCUCACCGGUAAAACAAUUACACUCGAAGUCGAACCAAGUGACACAAUCGAAAAUGUGAAAGCUAAAAUCCAAGAUAAAGAAGGUAUUCCACCUGAUCAACAACGACUCAUUUUUGCUGGUAAACAACUGGAAGAUGGUCGCACAUUGAGCGAUUAUAAUAUUCAAAAAGAAAGCACUCUUCACCUUGUACUUCGCUUACGUGGUGGUAUGCAAAUAUUCGUAAAAACUCUCACUGGCAAAACUAUAACACUUGAAGUCGAGCCAAGUGACACUAUCGAUAAUGUGAAAGCAAAAAUCCAAGAUAAAGAAGGUAUUCCACCUGAUCAACAACGACUCAUCUUUGCCGGUAAACAACUUGAAGAUGGUCGAACAUUAAGUGAUUACAAUAUUCAAAAAGAAAGUACACUCCAUCUAGUACUUCGAUUACGUGGUGGAAUGCAAAUUUUUGUGAAAACUCUCACCGGUAAAACAAUUACACUUGAAGUCGAACCAAGUGACACAAUCGAAAAUGUUAAAGCAAAAAUCCAAGAUAAAGAAGGUAUUCCACCUGAUCAACAACGCCUUAUCUUUGCCGGCAAACAACUUGAAGAUGGUCGAACAUUAAGUGAUUACAACAUCCAAAAAGAAAGUACACUCCAUCUUGUUCUUCGAUUACGUGGUGGUGAUCAUCAAUAA